AUUUUUUUUUCUUUUUCUUUUUUUUAUCAUCUCUCCUUUACUCAUCAUUCUAUUAUAUAUUAUUAUAUGUACAAACAACAACAGCAUUCUACUUACCAUUACUCACCCUAUACCUCAAAAUAAUAAUAAUAAUAAUUUUGUUGUCCGUAGUCCGUUAGUCAUUUCGUUUGUAAAUCUCAACUAGACAACAAGUUUGUAAUUUUUCAUAAAAAAUAAUUAAUUUGGCUGAUUUAUUAAAUUAUUACAAUGAAUAAAUUUAUUUUUAAAGUAUUUUUUGUUAUUACUAUUAUUGUAGCAUCGUCUAAAAUAAUUACUGAUGCUCAGAGAACUCCAACAAUAUCUUAUAUAUCUCAGGAACAAAUUACAGAUAUUGGAAAAUCUGUUGAAUUAAAGUGUUCAGUAGAAUACGGUGAUGAGUAUCCUGUUUUAUGGAUUAAAUUAAAUAAUGGAGGAAGAGAACAAAUGCCAAUAUCUUCUCAAACUUCUCUAAUUGUUGGAGAUAAUAGAUUUUCAGUUACGUACAAUAGUGAAAAUUCAACUUACACUCUUCAAAUAAAUAAUAUUCAAGAAACAGAUGCUGGUUUUUAUCAAUGUAGAGUACAAAUUGCUUUGAAUAAUCGUAUUGAUGCACAAGUUGAAUUGCAAAUACGACGUGAGCCAUCAAUAAGUGAUAAUUCAACUUCGAAUUUUGUAACUACUGAAGGAAAAACUGUACAACUUGAGUGUUAUGCUAAUGGUUUUCCAAAACCAACUAUCACAUGGCGCAGACAAUCAAUGCCUUUUUCUACUGGAGGAUUAAUUUAUAAAGGAAAUGUAUUGACAAUUACAUCAAUUAAAAAAGAAGAUCGUGGAAUAUACUAUUGUAUUGCUACAAAUGGAGUUGGCCGCGGACACCGACGUAUUAUAAAUGUUGAAGUUGAAUUUGCGCCAGUAGUUACAGCUAAACGUCCUCGUUUAAGUCAAGCUUUGUUGUACGAUAUGGAUUUAGAGUGCCAUGUAGAAGCUUAUCCUCCACCUGCAAUAACAUGGCUUAAAGAUGAUGAGGAACUUAGUAAUAAUCAACAUUAUCGUAUAUCACAUUUUGCAACUGCUGAUGAAAUAACUGACACAACUCUUCGUGUUAUAACGAUUGAAAAAAGACAAUUUGGAAAAUUUAUUUGCAAAGCUUAUAAUAAAUAUGGGACCUCUAAUACGACAAUUGAGUUAUCUGAAUCAAUUAUUCCAGUAUGCCCACCAGCUUGUAACUAUUGAUUUUAUUUCAAUUUAUUAAAUAGUUAAAUAAAUAUUAUUUACUUAAUAUUUACCAUAUCAAUUCAAUUUUGAUAAUUAAACAAAAUAAAUUCAUGGAAAAAAUGUUUGUUUUAUUAUUUUUAAAUUCUGUACUUGAUAGAUAGAGUUAUCAAAUAUAUAACAUAAUUUAAAU